AUGCCCAGUCAACCAUCUUCGAUUCUGGCGGCCGUCCCGACAUCCUUCUUACCAUCGCUCCCGGUGCGACGCCUGACACGCACAACAUGGCGCCCAUGUCGCAAGAGACGAUUCGCUUCGACGACGACUCGCCUUUUACAUGAUAUUCCUAUAUUGCCUUUUCGAUUCGAAACAGGCAUCGGACUCUUUGCGAAACGACCUCCCCGCCCAUUCCCUCCGCCUUUCCUAUCUCCUCCGUCUACAUCCUUUACCGAUCCUUUAAGUACACAUCACCAGAGCCGUGACCGUCGUGCUUUUGUCAACGGGCAGCUUAUCAGAGGGAAAACAAAUGGCGAUGAUGCUGUCUACGCGAGUGAUUAUUUCAUUUGUGCCAACGACGGCGUGGGAGCGUGGGCCACAAGACCGAGAGGGCAUGCCGGACUCUGGUCAAGGUUAAUUGGGCAUUUUUGGUCUUCUGCGAUCGAGGAAGAACUUGUCGGAUUAGCAAAGUCGCAAGAGCCGAACCCCAUCGCCAGCCUACAAAGUGCUUAUGAACAGACUCUCGAGGCGACUACGUCGCAUGACUGUUUAGGAACAACAACAGCCUGUGGCGCACAAUUACAUUACAAGACUUGCACCGAGAACGAAGCACAGGCAUCGCCUGUCUUGUAUGUGACUAAUGUGGGCGACUGCCAGGUCAUGGUACUCCGGCCCAGUACUGAAAAAGUCAUUUACAAGACUGUGGAGCAGUGGCACUGGUUUGAUUGCCCACGACAACUUGGAACUAACAGUCCUGACACGCCCGCCGAUAAUGCAGUUAUGGACAAGGUCGAUUUGGAAGUUGGAGAUAUUGUGCUUGCGAUGAGUGACGGAGUUAUUGAUAAUCUUUGGGAGCAUGAGAUCGUUGCAAGAAUACUCAAAAGCGUUAAAGAGUGGGAAUCUGGGGCACAUGCAGAAGCUCACAACGGUGAUCGCACAGGUGGCCGCAACGGUGGGAUGAGAGUUGCGGCUCAAGAUCUGAUGGAGGCAGCAAGGGAAAUCGCCGUAGAUCCUUUCGCUGAGAGCCCGUUCAUGGAGCAUGCGAUCGAGGAGGGUUUGGCGAGCGAGGGUGUAGACUUGCCGCACCGACCGAAGCAUAAGAUACCUAAUUACACGAUUUAA